CAGACUGUUCCAGAGCCUUCCGUGACGUCAUGGCGGCGGCGUUCCAGAAAGUUCGCCGCGGCCCCUAUAAAAUCCUCGGCGCUCCAACUUGGAGCGGGUCCUGCGGAGAAGGCGCGUAUGCGAGCGGAAAGCUGAGGCCACCAUGGUGAAGGAAACAGGCUACUAUGAUACCCUGGGAGUGAAGCCAAAUGCCAGCUCAGAUGAGAUAAAACGUGCUUACCGCAAGUUAGCACUGAAGUACCAUCCUGACAAGAAUCCCAGCGAGGGGGAACGGUUUAAGCUCAUAUCCCAGGCUUAUGAAGUUCUGUCAGACCCAAAGAAAAGGGACCUCUAUGACCAGGGUGGGGAGCAAGCUAUUAAAGAAGGAGUCUUAAGUGGCGGCAAUUUCUCUUCACCCAUGGACAUCUUUGACAUGUUCUUUGGUGGUGGAGGCCGAAUGAAUAGAGAGAGAAGAGGUAAGAAUGUUGUCCAUCAGUUGAGUGUCUCCCUUGAAGACUUGUACAACGGAGCCACAAGAAAGCUGGCACUUCAGAAGAAUGUAAUUUGUGACAAGUGCAAAGGCUAUGGUGGAAAGAAAGGUGCUGUAGAAAAGUGUCCUACAUGCAAAGGACGGGGAGUGCAGGUCCUCGUUCAACAGAUUGGGCCUGGCAUGGUGCAGCAAAUUCAGACUGUCUGUCCAGACUGUAAAGGCCAAGGUGAACGAAUAAAUCCCAAAGAUAGAUGUACCACCUGCAGUGGCAACAAAGUGGUUAGAGAGAAAAAGAUAAUAGAAAUACACAUUGAGAAAGGUAUGAAAGAUGGUCAGAAAAUAGUGUUUCAUGGAGAAGGUGACCAAGAACCUGAUUUGGAGCCUGGAGAUGUCAUCAUUGUGCUAGAUCAGAAAGAGCACCCAGUGUUUCAGCGAAGAAGCAAUGACUUAAUUAUGAAAAUGAAAAUUCAACUUACAGAGGCAUUGUGUGGCUUCAAAAAGACAAUUGAUACGCUGGAUGACAGAGUCCUUGUAAUAAAUUCUAAAAAAGGUGAAGUGAUAAAGCAUGGAGAUAUCAAAUGCAUCUUAAAUGAAGGAAUGCCAAUUUACAAGUCUCCAUUGGAGAAAGGUUCCCUAAUCAUUCAGUUCUUGGUUGCGUUCCCAGAGCAUCACUGGCUUUCUAAGGACCAGCUACCUCUGUUAGAAGCUCUGCUUCCUCCACGGGAAGAAGUAAUGAUUUCAGAUGACAUGGAUCAAGUUGAACUUAAUGAAUUUGAUCCAAGAGAGCGGUCUUAUCGUAAUCACAGGGAAGCCUAUGAAGAAGAUGAUGAAGGCCCUAGAACUGGUGUGCAGUGCCAGACAUCUUGAACCUCAGGUGUAAAUGGACUUGUAAUGUGACAUAUUCAAGAAUUAAGCGCAUGGCUUUUGGAAGCCACUUGUCAGGUUCAGCACAAUGUGUUGCUGUAGUAUAUCAUUUUUGUAACUAUUUCGUACUUAAGUUUAUGUGAAAAGUAGCUCUAAGACUUGAGUGUACUGCAGCUUGGCUGAAUAAAGACUUUCAGUUUCUCUAACGAUCCAUAAGUUUGAAGAAGUAUUCAGAUAGAGAAACACUUCUCCAGCACUAGUUACAUAAAACAGCAGUACUAUUUUAGCUUUAAUGGGGCCGUCGUUUAAACCUCUUGUACUGUACAACUGAAGUAUUUCUUCAAAUAAAACAUAAGGACCA